AUGGCACCUACCAGUGGCAGCAGCAGUCGCACGUUCCUGCCGUCGACCACCAGCGUCUCUCUCCACGCAGUCCCCAGUCCCAGCAACAGCAGCACGACUGACGUCCGUGCGGCGCCCUGUUCCACCGCGCGCUUUGCCCAGCGCCGACUGCGCGUCCUGACCGCGCCCCGUCACAGCAACAAGAUGCACCGCACGCGGACGCUGUCGGAGCUCAUUCUGCUCUCACCACGGAGCAGCUCGCGCGGUACGCGGCGCCACAAGCGCUUGGACAUGGACAUUGAAGUCUCGCGCUUCUUUGCUGCCAGCGAAGGGUUCGUGGACCUCUCAUCGAGCAACUGCCACAGCCCCUUUGGUAGCAACGAGAGUAAUACCGGUAUCAGUACCGGUACCAGUACCAGUUCGUUCAGUAGUAGUAGUAGUAGUACCACCAGCACUCGGAGCUUCUCGGACGCGAGUCAGUUCCUUCCUGCUCCUGCUCCUUUAUCUUCUCCCGUCCGACUCUCUUUCAAUGGACUGCAGAACGACGAGGAGAAGAUGGACGUGGACAACGAGCCCGAGUCCGAGGUCGAGCCCGGCGCAGAGCAGCCGCGUCCUCGCUCAGUCAAUGAAGUUGUCGACGUGUUGUUUGAGAUCCACUCGGCGCUCAAGAGCCGCCACUUGGGCCAACGCACAGCGGCGUCUGCGCUUGCAGCAAGCAACUUGGUGAGUACAAUGGGGUACCCAACUGCUGUCGAGUGCGUGCCUCGAGAUGUGCAGCUGGAAGCACUGGAGAACACCCGGAAGAUGCUCGAGUGUGCGAUUUGCCAGGAGGUCUUUACCAAUGCAACGGAAGCCACGUGUUGUGGACAGAUCUUUUGUAAAGAGUGCAUUGAGCGCUGGGUGAGUGAACGGAGUUCCUGUCCCAUGUGUCGAGAAGCCAUUAGCUUCUCGCUCUUGGCAGCGUCUCGACAUGCCCAGCGCAUGGCCAAUGAGAUGACGGUCAGCUGUGGCUAUUGCUCGGAGACCAUGAAGAAAGCGAGUCUGGCUGACCAUUUGAAAGCUUGUGAUCAAGCGCCAGUGGAACCGCCACCCCCGGCAGAUGUUGCUCUGCGACAGCUGCUGUUGGGCACGGCGAGACGCAAUACGCUGUGUCUUGCACGGUUUCUCAUGGCGACGUUGCCGCCUCAAGCGCUCAUGAUGCAGUGCUACAUUCGCACUCGUGGUGGCGGGAACUAUGAGCUCUAUACACAAGACACGAACACGCUGCUGUGCACGGCCGUACGUCGACGUCAGUACGACAUGUCGGUGAGUUUCCUCAUUUUUCUGGCAGCGGACGUGGACACGACGGGCGAAGAGACUUUGACGUCUGAUUCGGGGGUUGUGUCCUCGAUCAAUGCUGCAAUGCCCGUGGCGAGAUUGGACAAGAAUUACAUGGGAUCGCAGUACACGAUGUACGACACGACGGGGAACGUUCCACUGGAGCUGGGUGCAGUGCAAUAUGCAGCGACGUUUGGCAAGUCUCCGCGUCAGAUGCGCGUGGCACUGCCGCUUGUGGAACCCAUUGCAGGAGUUGAUAGCGCGGUGGAUGGCUCACCGUCGUGGGCGGUGCAGUCGUGGCGACCAGAGACUAAGGAGGACACGAUUCUUUCCCAGGUGGAGAACCCGGACACAGCGCGUGCUUUGCAUUUGAUCAACAAGCCGCCAGUCUGGAUCGAGUCCCUUGAGGCCUACUGUCUGGACUUUGGUGGUCGUGUGGCAGCUGCGUCUGUGAAGAACUUUUUGCUGUCGCACCCGCACGACAUGGACAAAACGCUCAUGCUCUUUGGCCGGACAGAGGAUCGUCAGGUGUACUCGAUGGACUAUGCCCACCCGUUCACUCCCGUGCAAGCCUUUGCGAUCGCUCUUAGCAGCAUGGACUCGCAUCUUGUGACUUUCGAUUAG